AUGAAUAAGAAGAAGAAAACUAAGCAGACGGUUUUCGUUAAAAGUUUGAAGAAGGUAAUCGAAGACAUCACAACACUACAUGGCACCAACCACUUUACCAAUGUGAGUGGUAGAAGCGUGGUGGGCUGGUCGGUUGUUUUCGUUGGCAACAUUUUGUUUACCGCCAUCUUCAUCAUUAUAGCGAAGGAGAAGUACGAUGACAACCAGAUUGUUACUGCAAUAGACGCUACCUGUAACGUGAGUCAAGCUCCGUUUCCAGCAGUCAGCAUUUGCAAUUUCAACAUGGUAUCCAAAAGAGAGUCAAAAGAUAUUGAAAAACUGUUGAAGAGCCAUAAAAUACCUCAAGCUGAAAUAAACGGCUUCUUCGGAGCGUUGCGAAGUCUGACAAGUUUUCAAGUGAAUAGCACGCUGGUUGGGAACUACACGAGAAUCCUGAAUAUUCUGAAACAUCAUUAUUACACUAUAGAUUCUAUUAUGUCUGAGGUGCGCCAACAAUGUGAAGACCUGCUGCUGUACUGCGAGUUCAACAGAAAGAAGAAGGAUUGCAAGAACCUGUUCUAUAUGAUCAAGACGGCGGACGGCCAUUGUUGUGCGUUUAAUUACGGCGGUGUCACCGACACCAGCGAAAAUCCCCUCAUGGAAAAGGACCAAGACUUCGAAUAUUAUUACGACGAGGAAAACGACGGGACCGGGCCAUCCACACGAAUGAUGGUCGUGACUUCUGAUUUUGGCAGAUUAUCCGGCCUAUUUGUGAUCUUUGACGUCGAGCCUGGUGACUACCCCGCAUAUUUAAAAUUGCCAUACUACGGAGCUAAGAUUAUAGUCAGCGACCCUUUUGAUUAUCCCGAAACUACAACCAAAUACCAUUACGUGAUCCCCGGGGAGAGCCUGGAUCUAAAAGUCGAACCCCAAAUAUUCCAAACCGACAACGCUGUUAGAAAAGUUAAUCCUGAAGAGAGAAAGUGUUGGUUCCACGACGAGGUGACGCUGGACCAUACCAAUCGGUACAGCCACGAAACUUGCCGGACAGAGUGUAAGAUGCAAACUUACGUGGACCAUUGCGGGUGUAUACCUUACAAAUAUCCUAAAGAGAAUUCCAAGAAGAUUUGCGAGUUGGAAGACUUGAAAUGUCUAAACAAUGUCACCGUUCACAUAUCCCGGAAAGAGAUGAACUGCCACCCGCCCUGCUACGUGGAGUGCGCCGACAAGAAGUUCAGCAUGAGGGUAGACACCAACACUAUCGAGUCCGACUCCGAUAAUAUACCCGACAGAAUCAAAAAUAAAUAUAAUUUGCGGCAAUUGUCAGCUGCUCACGUAUUUUAUGGUCAGUCAUCGUGCAACUGCUACAAAUUGUCUUUGGUCAUUGAUAUGAAUUACUUUAUUGCUACUUACGGAGGAGUGUUCUCGUUAGCUUUCGGGGGAUCCAUUAUUACUGUGUUUGAAUUAUUAUUCCUGCUCAUUAAUUUCGUUAACACAAAUGCAAUGUAUUUGUAUGAAAGAUUUAUGAAAAAUAAAAUUUCGCCGUCACAUUAA